AUGGAUUUGGAUGCCGAGUACAUGGCAACCCAGUGGGCAGUGGAGUGCUUCUGCUCCAAAAACAAGGACCUCAAGUAUGACCGGCAUGAGGAACAUGAAUCGGCCGCAGAGUGCAACAUGAUGUGCUCGGGUGGUGCUGAGGAAGAGACGGAAGAGACGUGCGGAGGAGAUCACGCCUUCGACCUGUACAAGAUUGGAGGUUCCACGGAGAACUCGCCCUCGCCCUCCCCCGACGACAUGACAGGGCUCCUCGACUUGCACAACGAAGCAAGGUGUGUUCACGGUGCGGACCCUCUCGGAUGGAGCGACCCGGUGACGUCUUCCGCCGCCGAACACGCGGCGAGGCUCACGGACCAAUGCACCUCGAGCCUGUUCCACAGCACCACGGAUCAGCGGUACGGCUACGGCGAGAACCUUUUCAUGUGCUGGGGCACGGACACAUGCUACAACCACGAGUAUGCCAUGGAAAAACUAUACGUCGAGGAAGUCCAAUUCGGCGCGGUUACCGACUACAUCGGCCACGCGACCCAGAUCCUGUGGAAGUCUACGAAGAAAGUCGGAUGCGUCUUGGCGCAGUGCACCAACGGCGGAACCCCCUACACGUUCCUCGUGUGCCAGUAUGACCCAGCGGGCAACAUGGGCGGCGACAAAGAGUACAUAGAAGAAGUGGGGCUACCUAACCCUGAAAACUCGUGCUAAACGGGCAGACCAUACCACGUGCUGUUGCUCUGCAUGGGGGGAUGAAACUGUUGCAACGAUCAUGAGUUUGAUAUUGGUACGUGCCUUGUACACGUAAAAGGCAAACUGUUUUGUUUUUUUCCGCUCAGAUGCUGGGGUGAAACUGUUUCAACGAUCAUGAGGUUGAUAUUGGUACGUGCCUUGUACACGUAAGGCAGACUUUUUUUUUUUUUUCGCUCAGUCAAAUGUAUUACAGUCGUUGUUUAAUCCCGAGGUGGUUAAAAUUUUACCUGUUGCUCGUUGUCUGGUUGGUUCUACAAUAGUCGAGAUCUCGUAGUAUUGAGUUCAGUCCCGAUUCAUUCGUGCUCUGCGGGCAUAGGGCAUAUGGCAUGCUCUUGAACAGGAUCUCGGUUUUCGCAAAGGAUGGUAUCAUAGAACCAGGCGUAUCUGUACAGCAGCGGGAAUGUACGGGCUACUCUAUGCGGAUGGUUCAACAUGCUAACCCAGGAAAAUACUGCCUCGUUGUUGCAAGGUGCUGUUGUCGUACGCAGAGGUCGGCGAC